AUGGCAGGUCGUUUUGUGCGCGCGUCGAAAUAUCGACAUAUCUUUGGUAAAUCAUCGAAGAAGGAAGCAUGUUACGAGAACUUACAUAUCAGUCGCAAUGCAUGGGAUACCAAUUUAAUCAAGGCCAAUCCUGAAUAUCUUUCGGUCAAUUGGGAAUCCAGUGGUGGAGGCGCAUUCGCUGUUAUUCCUUUGAAUGAAAAGGGACGUCUGCCAGAACAGAUUCCAUUGUUUCGAGGUCAUACUGGACCGGUUCUUGAUACGGAUUGGAACCCUUUCAACGAUCGCAUUAUCGCUUCUGGAUCUGAUGAUGGAAAGGUAUUUAUAUGGGAGGUUCCCGAAGAUUUUUCCCUUUACCAGGAUUCUGAGGAACCUGUCGAUGUUGCGCCUAUCAGCAAAUUGGCAGGACAUUCUAGGAAAGUUGGACAAGUUCUAUUUAACCCCGCCGCGAACAAUAUCCUCGCAUCUGCAUCUGGCGAUUACACCGUUAAGCUAUGGGACGUAGGCACUGGGAAAGCAGCUUUGACCUUGAAGCAUGGAGAUAUUGUACAAAGUUUAUCAUGGAGCGCAAACGGAGCUCUUAUGGCCACGACCUCUCGAGACAAGAAGUUGCGUAUUUGGGAUACUAGACAGGAAAGGCCCACACAUGAAGGACCUGGACAUACCGGAGCAAAGAAUAGCAGAGUUGUAUGGAUGGGAGAACACAAUCGCGUGGCUACUACCGGAUUCUCCAAGAUGAGUGAUCGACAACUGGCUUUGUGGGAUGUUGGUAACGCCAAACAACCAAUUGGCGGCUUCACCGUUUUGGACUCAAUCUCGGGGGUUUGCAUGCCAUUCUGGGAUGAUGGAACACAAUGUUUGUAUUUGGCAGGCAAAGGUGACGGUAAUAUUCGAUACUUCGAAUAUGAGAAUGACAAAUUCGAAUUCUUGUCGGAAUAUAAGUCUAGUGAUCAACAACGUGGUAUCGCAUUCCUUCCAAGACGUGGUAUUAACCUUCACGAGAACGAAGUUAUGAAGGGAUUCAAAACCGUCAACGACCAAUAUGUCGAACCUAUUUCUUUUACGGUUCCUCGACGAGCCGAAGUCUUCCAAUCUGAUAUUUACCCACCUGCUAUUGGUUUGAAACCUGCGGUUACUGCUGAAGAAUGGCUCGCUGGUAAAGAUGGAAUUCCUGCCAAGAUCGAUUUGGAAAGUGUAUAUGAAGGAAAUGCCCCAGUUGAGGUACCAUCCGAUUAUAGCCCACCCGUCGCUGCACCGGCGCCAACUCCAUUUUCAACAAAGACCUCCCCACCCAAGGCAGAGCCUGAACCAGCUCCUGUCGCACAAAGAGCACCUCCACCAACUAUGUCCGAGCAAAAGGGUUCUAUUUCUGCCAUGGCCUCUAAAUUCCAAGAUGAUGAAGAGGAAGAAGCCGAUGAUAAUUCUAGUUUCGAGGAAAUUCAAAAGCCAAUUCAAAAGUCAGUUCCAGUUGCAGCAAAGGUAGAACCAAUCAAGAUCGCUCCAACAAAAACCACACCACCAAAAGCAUCUCCCGUGUCUCAAGUAACACCAACAACAUCGUUCGAGCCCGCAGCAAAACCUACCCUAGCCACGAUCCCUACCUCUUCUGGACCUGUUUCCGCCGUUGGUGCCCCUCAAUUAUCUCCAACAAUUGCAGGUGUCGAAGAUUCUCUCGCAGAAAUCAAGAAACUCUUGGAAGCUCAAACCAAAACCAUCACGGCACAAACGGAGAAAAUCGGGCUGUUGACUCAAGAAGUUGAUACAUUAAAGAUGAGGGUAGGUCCUGGUGAUCAAAGCGAAAGAAUUAGACAAUUGGAGUUGGAGUUGGAAGCUGCUAAGUCUUGA